CUACGCUGAUACGACGCUCACGAACAUUUCCUGCCGCAUCUCAUAAUCCAGACCAAACUCACUCGGAAAGUGGACACAUUUUUCCCUCUUGCUCUACGAGACCUCACCAUUUCCUCAAGUUAUUUUAAGCCAAACAGGAAAUCAGUUCCAGAUCCACCUCUAGCCUACCAUGUCUGAACCAGGUUGUGGUGUUCCAGCCCAGAGAAGCUCACAGCGGGGUCCAGAGUUGCUGUCAGUGAAGCUGGGGGACUGCAGUCAAACAGUGGAACUCAAUGUGAUUGUGAAAGAGGAGGAGGAGGAGAGAGAAAUCAAUGAGGGGGAGGAGGAAGAGCGAGAGGAGGACAGGGACUCUGUUGACUCAGGAGAGAUCCCCAACCCAGUCAACGAGCCCACUUCCACAGAAUCAAUACUACCACCUGGUUGUGGGAGUUACCCCUGUCCUCAAUGUGAGAAGAGUUUCAGUUCCUCAACUAACCUAAAGAAUCAUCAAAGAGUACACACUGGAGAAAAACCUUUUGACUGCUCAGCAUGUGGGAAGAGUUUCAGUGAGAAAGUAAACCUUAAGAGACAUGAGAGAGUACAUAGUGGAGAGAAGCCUUACCACUGCACCCAAUGUGAGAAGAGCUUCAAUCAUUCUGGAAGCCUUAAGGAACAUGAGAGAAUACAUACAGGGGAGAAGCCGUACCACUGCUCUCUGUGUGGAAAGAAUUUUCGUGUCGCAGGAGGCCUAAAGAAUCAUCAGAGAUCACACAGUGGAGAGAAGCCUUACCACUGCACUCAGUGUGGGGAGGGAUUCACUCAGCUAAGAAAUCUUAAAAAUCAUGAGAGAAUACCCAUUGGAGGGAAGCCUGCCUGUGCUUUCAAUGUAAUUGUCCAAGAGGAGGAGGGUGAGAGGGACAUCAAUGUGGAGGAAAAGAGAGAAGUUGAGGGAGAGGAAGACAAAAGUGGUGUAGUAGACAGUGCAUGUCAGAGCAAAAAUCAAACCAUGAGGUCGAAGGACAAGCCCUCUUGA